AUGGAUGAAGAACAAUAUGUAGCUGAUUACGACCGAUUGCCAGCCGUUGAUGAUAUUGUAUUAUCAGGUCGCAAUAAAGCUUACAAAUUAAUGGCAAUUAUCGGUGAAGGUGGAUAUGGCAGUGUUUUUUUAGCAAUGUGCGAAAACGAUCGAAAGGAAAUGGCACUGAAAGCAGAGAAGUUCAGUAGAACAGUAUUGAAAAUCGAGGUUGGUGUUUUACGUGUAGCAAAUCAACGGCGUUGUAAGCAUAUAUGUAAAAUGUAUGAUUAUGGUCAUGUGAAACAAGAAUUUAUGUUUGUGGUUAUGUCACUGCUUGGACCUGACCUAAAUAAACUACGAAAUCGACAACCUGGAAAACACUUUUCGCUUGAAACUGCAGUUCGAGUUGCUAUGCAAACAUUAAGUGCUAUCGAAGAGUUGCAUCAGUGUGGUUUUCUCUCUCGAGAUAUUAAGCCUGGAAAUUUUGCCAUCGGUAGCAAAGAAAAUCAUGAGCAUCAUUUUAUAUACAUAUUUGAUUUUGGCCUUUCGAGGCGUUAUCUGGAUCAGAAUUCAGAAGUAUUACCAUCACGAGGUGAAAUGGGUUGGCGUGGAACUACACGGUAUGGCUCAUUAAAUGCGCAUCAUAAACAGGACUUGGGACGUCGUGAUGAUUUAGAAUCCUGGUUAUAUAUGAUAGUUGAGCUAACAAAAGGAUCACUUCCAUGGCGUCUUGCCAAAGAAGACAUACGUACUAUAAAAAAAGAUCAAUUUUUCAAAAAUUGUCCAUCACAAUACGAUGAAAUUUUGCAAAUUAUUGAUAAACUGCGAUUUGAAGAAGCUCCUCCAUAUGCAAAAUUUUGCAGUAUUCUUAAUGAGUUAGCAAGUGAAAAAGGUAUUGUGUUAUCGAUGAAAUAUGAUUGGGAUAAUGAUAGUAUAUCAAAAACUGCUCCAGCCUCAAGUGCCGUGGCUGUGGAUCAGAGUCCACCCAAAACUCUACACGCAGAAAAUGUAGGCAAAGAUCGCCCAUCAAAUGCUGAUUUACCUAUUUAG